AUGUCCUACCAAGAUUUAUUCAAAAAUGGCUCGUUAAAAUUUAUUCCCGAAUUGAUUGGCAAAAUUGUCCAUCAUGGUUUAGGAAUGGCUAAAAGUAAAGGAAAUAAAGUAUUACUCAUGGAUUACAUGGAUGUGCGUGGGAAGUAUAAAAUCCCUGAAAGUCCCGCCAAUUAUUUUGUGGAUGAAGUUAAUUUAUACUUUCGCGGUGUUCAAGUUGAAAAAAACCGUAAAGAACAUUCGGGAAUUGAAGAUUUUGCCGCUCUGGCUAGACACUUUGAUAAAAAAAUAUUUUUCAGUGUUCAACGCACCAACCAAUUAUGA